GGUUGUUUGGAGAUCUGUUCUUCACUCUUCAUACUAGGGUUUUCACUUUGUGUUGUUGAAGCUUUGAAAUGGCUUUCAAGGCUGAUCUUUGCAGUGUCAUGCAUGCUGAGAUGAUACCUGCAGGGAAGGGUUUAGGGUUUAAUUAUUCUGGCUCACCGAUGUUCAGUAAUCUGAACUAUAGAAAUGAUGCACGGACAUCCAUGCCAUGUUUAUCCUUGAGAAAUCAGAAACAGUAUCCCAAGUAUAACACGUCUGUACAACAAGUUGCAGAACGGAGUGCUGUACUAGUGAAGCCUCUAAAAGUUGAGGAUGGUCCUUUAUUAGUUAAGGACCGUUUCAUAAAAGUUGAGGAGGCUAAAGAGCCAACUUUGACAGUCCCUAGACAAGGCCAGCCUUGCACAACAAGAGUUGUCUCAGUGGACACUCUUGUUGGCCCAAGAGGCGCCGUCGGAGAGAUUUGCCAUAUUGUACUAGAUCACGGAGGUAAUUUUCAUUUUGUGGAAGGCCAAUAUCUGGGAGUAAUUUUACCACCGAAUGAUGGUGAUGGUUCAGGCCUAACCCGAAGUCGAGUUAAAUUCGACGAUUUCUCGAUUGCAUCAUGCAGAGAUGGAGAUGCUUUUGAUGGCAAGACACUCAGUUUAUGUGUUCGUCGUGCAGAACUAUCACCAGACGGUGUCAGUAACUUUCUCUGUGACAGACAAGAAGGAGAUGAAGUUGAUAUUAUAGGUCCUUUUGGAUAUGAAAUGAUAUGGCCAAAUAAUCUUGAAGCCAAACAUAUCAUGGUUGCAACAUCAACUGGCAUCGCUCCUUUCCGUAGCAACCUCAAACAAAUGUUCAUAAAUCCGAAUUCACGAGUCACAUUCAAUGGACUCGCUUGGUUGAUUGCUAGGGCUGACAACUAUAAUAGUCUCCUCCACAAUGGGGAAUUCACCCAAAUCUUGAUGACCCACCCUAUCCACUUUAGGUAUCAGAAGGCCAUGGCUGACCAUAAUACCUCUGUAGCUGACGUCAUCUAUCAAAACGGUGAUCAAAUUUUCUCACUUUUGAAUCGGGGUGCAUAUAUAUACUUUGCUGGAUUGCAAACGAUGAUGCCUGAAAUUCUGAAGACGUUUGAGAGAAUUGCUCAGGAAAGAGGUGAGCAUUGGACAGAUAUGCUAGCCGAGUUGGUAAAAAAUGAUCAAUGGCGUGUUGAAGUUUACUAGAAAACUUAAAUGCAAUGGUUUUAUGUUGAAUUGGUGUCCGUGACAUUGAGUAAUGUCUUUUCACUUGUUAUAGUUUACUAAAUAAUUCAGUGCCACCUGGAUGAUUUGUAAGUCGAUCUUGUCAAAAUAUUAAUGAUGUAUUUGGUGUGGGAUGUUGAAGUUUGA